AUGAAUAGAAAGGAGGUUCCAAUAAUUGAUCAUCAAAUCAAUUCGACGGUAAUUAUGGUUUCAUUGGAUGGUUUUAAACCUGAAUACUUGUCCAUGUGUACUGAUAAUUGCAUCAAUUUACGUUCCAUCUAUCAGAAGGGAGUCAAGGCAAAAAGUAUGAGACCAAUCUUUCCUUCCAAAACCUUCCCUAAUCAUUAUACUUUGGUCACUGGUUUAUAUGCUGAAUCACAUGGAAUUGUUUCCAAUAGAUUUUAUGAUCCCAAUUAUGAUGCUGUUUUCAAAUUGGGAUCACAAGAAGCAUUCAAUCCUAGGUGGUGGCUUGGAGAGCCAAUUUGGGUUACAGCUGAAAAACAAGGUUUGGUGAGUGCUUCUUACUUUUGGCCAGGUUCAGAUGUGGCAAUUCAAGGAAUGUAUCCAUCUUAUUAUAAGAAGUAUGACGAAUCAAUUCCAUAUGCUGAUAGAAUCAAGACAAUUUUUGAGUGGUUUGAUUCUGAUAAGAGACCUCGAUUGAUAUUGACCUAUUUUGAGGUUGUUGAUACAGUUGGACAUGCAUUGGGUCCAGAAUACACAACCGAAUUAGCUGAAGCUAUUAGAAAAGUGGAUCAAGCAGUAGGACUCAUCAUUCAAGGUUUGAAUGAGAGAAAUGCAACGGAUAAGGUAGAUUUGAUCAUUGUGAGCGAUCAUGGUAUGGCCAAAACUCCAGACUCUCAAGUUGUUUCAGUUUCUGAUAUACUUGGAAAGGAUAUUAUUGGAGCAGAUGUUUUGAAUAUGAAUGAUGGACCAUUUUUUGAUUUUUACUUUAAGGACAAGUCACAAGUCGAUGAAAUUUAUGGUCAACUGGCUGCUAAUAUUAUGAAUUCUAUUGCCUUCUCUAGUGCUAUACAAGGUGUUUACACGAGGAAGAAUAUGCCACCAAGAUUUCACUACUCUCAAUCAGAUCGCAUUGCUGACAUUUUGAUUUUGGCCAAAGUUGAAUACUCAAUUAAGAGAACACCAAGCAGUACAAAAUAUGGGCAAGGAAAUCAUGGCUUUGAUAAUGAAUCCGCUCAAAUGAGUAGCUUGUUUAUGGCUCAAGGAAAACAUUUCAAAUCUGGACUUUUAUAUGAUGGAGUAGUUAGAAAUUUGGAUAUUUAUUCUACAAUUUGUCAAAUUUUGAAUAUUGUUCCUGCACCAAAUAAUGGAACAGCUCAAGGUUUCCAAUCUCUAUUGAAUUAA